CUUUGGGAGUAAUGUUUCUAUUUUCGUUAACGAUCUUCGAUAUAAGUCCCAGUAUUCAAAACAUCGUCAGCGAUAAUGGAAAACUUUCUUCAAAAUAUUAACUUAUCAAAAUAUAACAGACUAUUUUCUGGCCAAGGAUACGAAAAUCUUGGCGAUAUUUUCAAUCUUGACAGCGAGGAUUUGAACAUGGUGUACAUUGACAAUGGUACAGAGCGCAAUGCUAUUUUGAACGCAGUCGCUAAUAUUGACAUCGGCACUUGGCUACGGUACUACGAGUUAGAAAAAUACGAGACAUACUUUAGAAAAUUAAAAAUAGAAAUAUUGGGCGAUCUGAAACGGGUAAAAAUGUCUGACGAGCUCAUGGACGAUCUCGAAGUGAUGGUACCCGGGCACAGAAAAAGACUUUUGAAAGCAGUUAGCGGGUUUUCUAAAGACGAUGGACAAUAUCAAAAUUGUGGACGGGCAGUGGCUUUCGGCUACUGGGGUCGGCACGACGUUAUCAAAACUCUGAAACGGACUUUCUGGGUAAAGAAAUGUUUCAUUAAAUCAAAUAUUCCUGGACAUGAUCCAGUGGAGCUGGCGAACUGUUUGGUGGACACCGGUAGCGAAGUGGUGACGAUUCAACAAGAUAUUAUGUCGGAACUUAACUUGACAUUCUUACAAACCGUAAGCAGCAGAGGUAUACACAAAGCUAAAGAGAAACCUCUUUACAGUGCAGUGAUGCUGUUAGGAAACAAUGUUAUCGAAGUGAAAGUGAUACCGGACAGCUACAACUCCAUAGGAUGCAACGUUUUUCAAAAAUUCUCUCACUUCGUCAACGAAAAAGACCACUAUUGGCUGACAAAGGAAAGCUGACGAAGAAAUCGUCAUAUAGCAUGCACAAAUUGAACUUUCGAAAAUAUAUUUAGAAACGGUUAGGUACGUACUUAUAAAUUUGAUAAUUUCAUAAUGCUUCAAAAAAUAAUUCCCACAUCAAUAAAAUUUCAAGUCUUAAAGCAA